AUGGAAGGUACGCAUACUCCGUACCUUGGGCAAGAAACGGGGAAAGCAGGAACGGUGGCCCGCCGUGGGAUGUUCCCUGCCCUAUACGGGGAGCAACAAUGUCCCACGAAUAAGGCGCCGUGUCGCAUUUGCAAAUUUCUCGCUGUCACCAUUUUUGCAACUCCAACACUGAAGAUUUCAAAGACGCCCGACAGCGAAUACGUCUCGCAGCAUUGCUCGAAAGGGAGCCAGGGUGGCACGACAGGUCUCGCGGUUUUAGCUUCCGGUGGCAUGUUUCCUAGAGACCUUGACCCUAUUCUUCACUGCAAGGAUAGAGGGACCGAGGAAGUCUUAGGGAGUGUCCCGCUGGGACGGUCGGAAUGGAGACCUGCUUUGGAGCUUAUUCCUGGCAUCGUUCCCGCUGGAGACGCAGGCAGGCCACAAGGCAGGUCGGGAACAUUCGGUUUGCGGCUUGCCCAUCAAUUUUGA